UUACAGUUCGAAGUUAGAAAAUAGGUACUCCUACUGCAUGCUUACUAUCUCUCUCUGGAAAAAGUGGCUGUCUUUAUCUUCUCAACGCUUCUCUUGCUCUCAUUUUCCAUCACUUCAUAUCGGUCCAGAAAAAGCUAGAUACACUAGUGAGUAGUACACAGAUAGCAGCUUAGAAAGCUCCGAAUUUCUUAUUAUUUUUUCAUUUCUUCUUUGUUUGUGGUUAGAUAGAUAGAUGUCUUGGGGUUGAGUUUACUUGAGCAGAGAGAGAGAGAGAGAGAGGAAGUGGGGAGAUUAGGGGAAGGAAUAAAUGUUCCUUGGAUGAAUUGAAGGGUUGAAGUGAAGCAAUCCGCCCAACGCAAUCAACUUCUGCUCUUCUCUGCUGCUGUCAUUUUUUUUUUCUUAAAUGUAGAUUAGAGGCGUUUCAGUUUGUCGGAUUUCUUUUCUGUCUUUCUUUCUCUUAUUUAUUGUCUUUCUAGAUAUUGUUGGAAGCCCAGCUGCUCAAAUUCUGCUUUAACCCACCUCAAGAAAUCACCACCCCAUAAGUAACAGCUAGCUAGAUGGCAACGCUUGGGGACAUGGGGCUUUCAGCUGCAAUUAAUAUUCUCAGUGCAUUGGUUUUCUUAGUAGCAUUUGCCAUUUUACGGCUUCAACCAUUCAAUGAUAGAGUGUAUUUCCCAAAGUGGUAUCUUAAGGGUUUGAGAAGCAGUCCAACACGCUCUGGGGCAUUUGUAACGAGAUUUGUGAAUUUGGAUUGGAGAUCAUAUCUAAGGUUUUUGAAUUGGAUGCCUGAUGCACUGAGAAUGCCAGAACCUGAGCUUAUUGACCAUGCGGGAUUGGAUUCUGCAGUUUAUUUGCGGAUUUAUUUACUGGGGCUCAAAAUCUUUGUUCCUGUGACAUUGAUUGCAUGGACAAUCCUUGUGCCAGUGAACUGGACAAAUCACACAUUGGCUAAAUCAGAUGUAAAUUACAGCGAGAUUGAUCUGCUCUCUAUUUCAAAUAUUCCACUUGGAUCACAAAGGUUCUGGACUCAUACGUUAAUGGCCUAUGCCUUCACUUUUUGGGCAUGCUAUAUUUUACAACAAGAAUAUGCAAAAGUUGCACGCAUGCGUCUGCACUUUAUUGCCUCUGAAAAGCGACGGCCUGAUCAGUUUACAGUCCUUGUUAAAAAUGUACCACCAGACCCAGAUGAAUCAAUUAGUGAAACUGUUGAGCACUUUUUCCUUGUGAACCAUCCAGAUCACUAUCUUACUCAUCAGGUUGUAUGCAAUGCCAACAAACUUGCAAAAUUGGUGAAGGAAAAAAAAAGAAACCAAAACUGGCUUGACUAUUACCAAUUGAAAUAUGCUCGAAAUCAAUCACAACGGCCCAUGAUGAAGACUGGUUUUCUUGGCCUUUGUGGUGAAAAAGUGGAUGCAAUUGAUCAUCAGACAGCAGAAAUUGAAAGAUUAUCAAAAGAAAUUGCUGAAGAACGAGAAAGAGUUAUAAAUGAUCCAAAGUCUAUUAUGCCUGCAGCAUUUGUCUCCUUUAAAACUAGGUGGGGUGCUGCUGUUUGUGCUCAAACACAGCAAUCAAGUAAUCCAACUUUAUGGUUGACGGAAUGGGCUUCUGAGCCACGCGACGUGUACUGGCCAAACUUGGCCAUUCCUUAUGUUUCAGUAUCAAUCAGGAGGCUCAUAAUUGGUGUCGCUUUCUUUUUCCUCACUUUCUUUUUCAUGAUACCCAUCGCUUUUGUGCAAUCCCUUGCAAAUAUUGAAUAUAUUGAGAAAAAAGCACCGUUUUUGAAGCCAUUAAUUGAGAUUAAGUUCAUCAAGUCAUUUAUCCAAGGUUUUCUACCUGGAAUUGCCCUGAAAAUCUUCCUCAUACUGCUGCCAACUAUCUUGAUGAUAAUGUCCAAAUUUGAAGGCUUUCUGAGUAUAUCAGGAUUAGAGAGGAGAUCAGCAUCUAGAUAUUAUAUUUUCAACAUUGUGAAUGUUUUCCUUGGCAGUAUAAUUGCAGGAACUGCAUUUCAACAGCUUAAUACAUUUAUUAACCAGUCAGCAAAUGAAAUCCCAAAAACAAUUGGUGUGGCUAUUCCAAUGAAAGCAACUUUUUUCAUAACUUAUAUAAUGGUUGAUGGAUGGGCUGGUAUCGCUGCAGAGAUCUUAAGGCUGAAGCCUUUGAUAAUUUUCCACCUGAAGAACUUUUUCUUGGUGAAGACUGAGAAAGACCGAGAUGAAGCAAUGGAUCCUGGGAGUCUUGGUUUCGACACUGGGGAACCCCAAAUACAGUUUUAUUUUCUACUAGGCCUUGUGUAUGCUGUCGUGACACCAAUUCUACUUCCAUUCAUACUGGUUUUCUUUGGCCUGGCAUAUGUUGUGUUUCGUCAUCAGAUCAUAAACGUGUAUAAUCAAGAGUAUGAAAGUGCUGCAGCUUUUUGGCCAGAUGUUCAUGGGCGUAUCAUUUCUGCCAUGGUCAUCUCGCAGCUACUUCUAAUGGGGCUGAUGAGUACAAAACAUGCUGCUCUGUCCACACCGUUCCUUCUUGCGCUCCCAAUACUGACCAUUUCGUUCCAUUUAUACUGCAAAGGCCGUUAUGAACCAGCUUUCCGCAGAUAUCCCUUACAGGAAGCAAUGAUGAAAGAUACUCUGGAGCGGGCAAAAGAACCACACCUGAACUUGAAGGCCUACCUCCAGAAUGCUUAUAUUCAUCCUGUUUUCAAAGGUGGAGAUGAUGAUGAGGAUGAGGAUGAAAUCAUUGAAAAGUUGGAAGCAACUGUGCUGGUGCCUACAAAACGGCAGUCGCGGAGGAACACACCUGUCCCUAGCAAAGUUAGUGGUGACUCUUCGCCGUCAUUGCUGGAUCUUCAAGAAAAAGGGCGUCCUUGAAAUGUUUGUCAAGAAACCUGAAUGUCCUCUUUGUACAUGAGACUUAAAAAUCUUCAUUAAGGGAGUAAUGCUGUAAAUUAUGCGAAUAUCUGAACUUGUAUAGCCCUUGAAAGGUCCACUUCGGCCUGUUAGAGCUGACCGGAAGAGAUAUUAACAAGAUUUCCAUUUUGUGUUUCUUCAAGAAUUAGUCUCACUGCUUAGAAAUUUUGAA